AUGUUAAUUGUACCUAUAAUCGACCCAUCGCUUGUAUCUCUUUCCGGACUACGGAUUGGAUGUGGGUUUUUGCGUGGCGGUUUCUUUUUGUUAAUAAUGAUAGUAGUGGGAGGAUUAGGUGGAUCGUUAGGUGGAUCAUUAGGUGGAUCAUUAAGUGAAUUAGAUAGAUUAGGUGAUGGGAUGGGUGAUGGAUUAGGUGGUGGUGGAUUAGGCGGAUCAUUAAGAUUAGAAAGAACAGGAGAAUUAUCAUUAUUAGGAAGAUUAUGUGGAUCAGGUAAAUCAUUAGGAUUAGAAAUAAUAGACGGAUUAAGAUUCGAAAGACCGAAAGGAUUAGAAAUAUUAGAGGAAUCAGAUUCAUGA